AUGCUAGCUGCUCGAUUUCUUCGAAUACCCGGAAGAUUAAUUAAUAAUGCUAAUUUUCGUAGGAUCCAUUUAUGUAGAGCCGCCUACCUUCCCAUCAUUCAGUUCAAACUUUCCGAUAUCGGUGAAGGAAUAGCGGAAGUGCAAAUAAAAGAAUGGCAUGUGAAGGUCGGUGAUACAGUUUCGCAGUUUGACAACUUAUGUGAGGUUCAAAGUGAUAAAGCAGCCGUCACUAUUACAAGUCGUUAUGAUGGUGUAAUCAAGAAGUUACAUUUUAAUGUAGAUGAUGUAGCUCGAGUGGGUCAACCUCUAGUCGAAAUUGAAGUUGCAGAGGGAGUAACUGAAGAAGAAGCCGCGAAAGAAACUGCAGCAGACGUGAUGAAGUCUGAGCCGGCUAAGACACCGCCAACUCCUCAAACGUCCGUGGAACCAGCCAAGAUACCGCCAACUCCUUCAGCAACUGUUGAGGCGCAGCAAGUCACAGCCGGGAAAGUUCUAGCGACGCCAGCUGUUCGCAGAGUUGCAGUAGAAAACAAGGUAGAUCUGAGGAAUGUAAAAGGCACAGGCAAAGAUGGUCGUGUGUUGAAAGAAGACGUCUUGAAGUUCCUCGGCCAAGUCACAGAAGAUUAUUUCCCGGGCAGCACGAACAUACGGUCAUCACCAGCGUUUGACGCUCGCCCAGCACUGAAAGAGUAUGCACCACUAAAAGAAGACCGCACUGUGCCUAUUCGUGGUUACACACGCGCAAUGAUCAAAACGAUGACGGAUGCACUGAAAAUACCGCAUUUUGGAUAUGAUGACGAGGUUUGCGCGGAUAGGCUUAUUUCUAUUCGGAACGAACUCAAAGAAAUGGCAUCCGAACGAGGAGUCAAACUAAGUUAUAUGCCUUUCUUUAUCAAGGCUGCUUCACUGGCACUUCUCGAGUUCCCAUCGCUGAACGCAUUCGUUGAUGAAAAACUAGAAAAUGUCAUCCACAAGGCAUCCCAUAACAUCUGCCUUGCUAUGGAUACCCCAGGUGGUCUCGUUGUUCCUAAUAUAAAGAACUGCGAGCAGAGGUCUAUCUUCGAAAUCGCUACAGAACUCCAAAGACUCCAGGAAGAUGGAAAACGCGAAAAAAUUUCACGUGAGGAUCUUCUUGGUGGGACUUUCACUAUCAGCAAUAUCGGAACGAUCGGUGGGACUUACGUUAGCCCUGUUAUUUUCCCUCCCCAAGUUGCUAUUGGUGCUUUAGGCAAAAUCGAAAAGCUCCCUCGAUAUGAUAAGCACGAUAAUCUUGUACCUACGAACAUAUUCAAAGUUUCAUGGGCUGCGGACCACCGCGUGGUUGAUGGUGCUACCAUGGCACGUUUCAGUAACAGGUGGAAAUUCUACUUGGAACACCCUUCUGCAAUGCUCGUUCAGAUGAAAUAA